UUCGUCAGACGACCGAAGAACAAGAGGGAAAAGAGGAAAACAAGAGAGAAACAAAGAAUAUCUCUUCCGUGCUGCGAUUUUCUUUUUCUUUCCUUUUCUCCUAUUUUCUUUUUAGUUAGAUCUGAGAAUUAAAUUCCAAGAAAGCGUCGGCUGAAGGCGAUUUCUAAGGGGGUAAAAAGAAAGAGGAGGACAGCUUUGUGCUUUUCCUUCGAAUUUCCGAGCUCCGAUCGGAAUUGUUGCAGCUUUUUUGAGUCUGUUAGUUUACUGGGGGAAUUCACAAGAAUCGACUUGUUAAUUAACUCCAAGUCUUGGAGUUCUAUCUUAUUUAUCUGAAUAUUCAAGAUUUGAAGAUAGAAAGUAUGACUAUUGGAAGCUUUUUGGAGAAGAAGGGUAGUGGGAAGAACAUUCAGAUUCAAGAAGAAAAUGCUCCCUUGCUACCCACCAAGCAAGAGGUUGGUGAAGGGUUUAGCGAGUUUAAUGGAGCUUCUUUUGGUGGGGCAGUAUUCAAUCUAUCUACAACCAUUGUUGGAGCUGGAAUAAUGUCUUUGCCUGCCACUAUGAAAGUCCUAGGAUUGGUGCCCGGGAUUCUUAUGAUUGUCUUCAUGGCCUUCCUUACUGAAUCUUCAAUUGAGAUGUUGAUGAGGUUUAGCCGAGCAGGGAAGACUGUUUCUUAUGGAGGAGUCAUGGGAGAUGCCUUUGGAAGAAUUGGAAAGAUGUUACUUCAGAUUUGUGUUGUUGUGAAUAAUGUUGGCGUGAUGGUUGUGUAUUUGAUUAUCAUCGGUGAUGUCCUUUCGGGAACAAAUUCAGAAGGCAUUCAUCAUUCUGGGGUCUUAGAAGGAUGGUUUGGAGAGCACUGGUGGAAUGGACGAUUUAUUGUUCUUCUUCUCACGACCCUUUUCGUGUUUUCUCCAUUGGCAUGCUUCAAGCGUGUAGAUUCUUUGAAGUAUACGUCUGCCUUGUCAGUUGCGCUAGCAGUGGUUUUUGUCAUAGUUACUGCUGGUAUAGCUGUUACGAAGUUGGUGAAUGGAAGCAUUUCAAUGCCCAAAUUGUUCCCUGAUAUUCCUGAUUUGGCAUCUGUUUGGUCACUCUUCACGGUGGUUCCUAUUCUUGUCACUGCAUAUAUCUGCCAUUACAAUGUACAUACCAUCGAUAAUGAACUUGAAGACUCAUCUCAAAUCAAGCCUAUCGUACAAGCCUCUUUACUGCUAUGCUCUAUCGUCUACAUUGCCACGAGCUUCUUUGGUUUCCUCCUCUUUGGCGAAUCCACACUUCACGAUGUGCUUGCCAACUUCGAUGCCAAUCUUGGAAUCCCUUACAGCUCUCUUUUUAAUGAUAUUGUUCGAGUGAGCUAUGCUUUCCACCUUAUGUUGGUGUUCCCUAUAAUCUUCCAUGCGCUAAGGCUCAACCUGGACAACCUCCUUUUUCCAACAGCAAGAGCUUUGUCUUCAGACAACUUGAGGUUCUCCUCAAUCACUGUUGCACUGCUAUCAGUUAUCUUCUUAGCUGCAAAUUUCAUUCCUAGCAUUUGGGAUGCCUUCCAAUUUACUGGUGCAACUGCUGCAGUUUGUAUCGGUUUCAUCUUUCCUGCUGCUAUUACAUUAAGGGAUUCUCAUGGCAUAGCGACAAGAUGGGAUAAGAUUUUAUCGGUUUUUAUGAUUGUCCUUGCUGUGCUAUCAAAUGCAGUUGCGAUAUACAGUGAUGCUGUAUCUCUUUUCAACAAUAACACCUCGCCUCAGGCCUGAGCUUCUGUGGCCUACAUUUUAGUGGAGGUAAUAUAUUGGCAAAGCUGUUUAAGUGUAGAAACUGUGUUGUGAUGAUUCUGUAAUAAAUCCAUUUAUCAACCGUAGUUGAUAUGAUGCAUCAAGCGUGUAUUGUGAUAUAGAUGAUAUAUAUCUCUGUAUCAAAAUAUUUGUAUGGGUGAGACUGAUGCAAGAUUUCUUAUUUGGUGGAAAGCUGUGUAUAAUUGCACAUAAAUAUUCCAGAUUGUAUGUGCGCGUCUGCAUAUGUGAAUGUAGGAGUAGUGGUAUUUUUCUUUAUCUUAA